AUGGCUCCCAUAAUCUCAGAUAUGACGGUGCACUUCCGCAAUGACCGGUCCAUAACGCAGAUGAUGCUAGAGAAUACCGCGAAUGUCGACCCAAACAAGAUCAUCAGCGAGGACAUCUUGACUGGCAAAUCAAUCACGUAUAAUGGCCUACGCGAGAAUUCGUUCAAGACUGCUUGGGCGCUGAGGCAUCGUCUGGGGAUGAAGACAGGAGACACCGUCACCAUAAUUGGGAGAAGCUGCGUGGACUAUAUUCUCGCAACACAUGCUAUUUGGGCAGCUGGUGGGAUUGUCAGUACAAUCAACCACUCUUCAUCAGCGAAGGAGAUCGCCCACGCUGUCAAAGUCAUCAGGCCCCAGUUUUUCAUCGUCGAUGGUAUAUACGAGAAGAAGCUGCGUGAAGCCCUGAGUGCAGAGAACUAUGCCGAUGUGACAAUAAUGACAAUGGUGUCUAGACUAGAUGGCCAUCUUCUGUUCCCCAAUGACCUGACGUCGGACUCGAAACGAGUGGAGACUGAAGCAUACGUGCUGGAUGGACAGGAUGCGCGGACCAGGUGUGCGGCGCUCGUGCUGUCCAGCGGCACGACGGGAUUGCCCAAGGCUGUUAUGCUGUCGCAUUAUAAUUUGACUGGGAUAUGUGAGGGCUUGCGUGGUCACAACCCUGAUAACUGGAGAGAGUCUAUGAGAGAGGUGUUUUUUCCGGUGACGCGCUCGACUAACCCGAAGUGCGACAUAGUUCUAACUGGGGUUACAGUAUCGCAUAUCUAUGGGCUAUACGUGUGUGCGUUGAUGAGCCCGUGGCUGGGGUGUUAUGUGUGCAUGGUUCCCCAGUUCCAGCUCGACACUUACUGCCGGCUCAUGCAUGAAAAGCGCGCAACGCUGGCGCGCCUCGUUCCUCCGGUCGCUGUCAUGCUGGCGGAGAAUUCAGUCGUUGGCAAGUAUCAGUACCCUGAUCUUGAGUAUUUCUCCUGCUCGGCAGCACCCUUGAAGCCGGCCGUUGCGUCAAAGCUACGCCAGCGGUUUCCUACAGUCAGUCUGUGCCAAACGUACGGCUGCACAGAGUUGUCCUCUUGUAUUGCACAAAGUGGCGUCAGAGAUAGAGAUGCUCCUCUUGUUGCCGCAGGCACUUUACUUGCCAAUGUCAAGAUCCAGUUCUUGGAUGAACAGGGCAAAGAAGUGCCCGCUGGGCAGCCAGGAGAGAUUGUUGUUUCUACGCCGACCAUCAUGCUUGGAUAUAAAGACAACGAAGAAGGGACACGCGAAAGCAUGCACGGCCCGGACUGGUACAAGACCGGUGACAUUGGGUACCUGGACGACAAGGGGUACUUGAUAAUUGUGGAUCGGUUGAAAGAUGUGAUCAAAUACAAGGGGUUCCAGAUCAGCCCAACUGAGCUCGAGGAGAUCAUCGGACGACAUCCGCUGGUAAAGGACUCGGGGGUAACAUCUAUCUGGGAUGAUGCGGAGGGCACCGAGAUCCCUCUGGCGUUUGUUGUGCCGAGCACCCCUAUUACAUUGAUUGACCGAGACGGCCUGGCAAAGGAAAUCCAAGAGUUGGUCGGAGGUGAAGUGGCAGGUUACAAGAAACUGAGGGGAGGAGUGCGUUUUAUCGAUCAAUUGCCCAGAAAUCCCACUGGCAAGAUGCUGCGACGACAGCUGCGCGACAGGGCUGCAGCCAAAGCACACCUGUAG